UCUGUGGAAUCUCUGCAAGGGCCGGCCCCCACCCCCUACCCCUACAUAAAAGCUAAUCGAGUUUGCCUCUCCUCUUCAAUCUUCAUCCAUCUAUAUACUCGCCUGUCUCUUUCAUUCUGCGAUUCGCUUUUCGAUUUUCGUCUACGUUUCACUUAUUUCACUUUUACUUCUCCUCUUUGUUUGAGAUUGCGGGUUGGGUUGGGUUGGGUUGGUAGGUAGAAGACGCCCAAUCCUUUCCAUUUUUCCAAGCAAGGGCUUCCAAUCGUCGGAUCUUCCAAUUUUGCGAGCCUCUGGUGUUUGAAUUGGAUGGCGAAUUUGUAUGUCAGGGCGGCGCCGUCCACGGAUCUGAAUAAAAACACCGAGUGGUUCACGUAUCCAGGGGUGUGGUCCACCUACAUCCUUAUCCUCUUCUUCUCCUGGCUCGUUGUUCUCUCCGUCUUCGGCUCCUCUCCCGGCACCGCCUGGACAAUCGUCAACCUCUCUCAUUUCAUGAUUACAUAUCACUUCUUUCACUGGAAGAAAGGAACACCUUUUGCAGAUGACCAGGGUAUUUACAAUAGGUUGACUUGGUGGGAACAAAUAGAUAAUGGCAAGCAGCUUACACGCAAUAGAAAGUUUCUGACAGUUGUCCCUGUUGUACUGUAUUUAAUAGCCUCUCACACAACUGAUUAUCAACACCCAAUGCUGUUCCUGAACACACUGGCGGUUUUCAUAUUGGUUGUUGCCAAGUUUCCUCAUAUGCACAAAGUUCGCAUCUUCGGGAUCAAUGCAGAUCAGUGAGCCUGAGUGUUGGUUCCACUAUAAAGUAUGAAUUCCAAGUGAUCCAUUAUAUUUUGACGUCCUCUCGCGAGUAAAUUGAGAUUGCCCCUGUACAGAACAGAUGAUGCAUGUUUGAACUGGAAAGGGUCUAUAUUGUGUAAAAAACCAAGGGCUUUCUUGUGGGGGAUGUUCCUUAUAUGAACUGAACUCAUAUCUUUGUACCUGCAGCCCCAAGUGUUGAAACUUGAAACUCCCAACAAUUUAAGAAAUUUUAUUUCACAAUUCACACAACACUAAUUGUUUUAUUUAA